AUGGCUUCGUGCGUGCAGAACGUGGUAGUCCGGGCGGCGUUGACGGCGUCAGGCGCACUGGUCCCGGGCUCGCCGCUCCUCACCUCAGUGGCCAGCAUGUCGGCCAAGGAGUUUGUCCAGGCGGCGGCGGACGGGGCGUACACCACAGCACGGACGGCUGAGGGACGGACGGCGCUGUUCCAGGCUGAGUUUCAUGCCAGUCGGCUGGCUGACUCGAUGAACGCACUUGUCCGCAAUCAUGCCGGUGCGACGCCGUCUGCUCUUCCGGCUUCCAUCUACGUUGCUGACGACGACGCCUUUGCUGAGGAUGACGUGAUGGACAUGCUGCUCGCGCUCUGCGCUGCUGGCCGCGACGCCAUGAUGGACGGCCGCGAUGCCGGCUGUGGUGCCGCCACAGGCGAAGAGGUGCCCACCCGUGGCGAGCUCAAGGUAGUCGUCUGUCUACCGUCAGCUGAGCGGGUUGCCCAUGCACACUUUUCGUCCAUGCCGCCUGUUCCGUCACCGCCGGUCGUGGUCGAGCUCCGUCCGCAGGGUGACGUUGCCGCGCACUCGGUCGAGGCCAAGAGCACGGCCUGGGUGCACGAUCGGGUGGUGUUUGAGAACGCCAUGGCGGCCGACGCCAACGAGGUCAUCUGCUACGCCGCUGAUGGUGCUGCCGUCGAGGGACUCUCAUCAAACGUGUUUGUUGUCACCGCUGACGGCGAUAUCCUCACUGCUCCGGACUCGGCGGUGCUCAAGGGCUCCAUGCGGGCCCUCAUUCUCGACCUUGCGGACGAAGAGGGCAUUCCGAUUGUCUACGGUGCGCCCAACGUGGCCGACGCCGCCACAUGGCGCGGCAUGCUGAUCUCUUCCACAUCGCGCUGCGCACUCCCUGUCGACCAGCUGUGGGUAUUUGACGAUCUCUCGUCCUCAGCCUCGGCCACCUACACCUGGUCGCCGCUUGAUCCGACGCUUACUACGCUCCAGAAUGCCGUCAACGCCCACAUCGCCACCCAUUCGAUGCCGUUCUAG